GGUGAUACCUGCUAAGCGCUCCCCGCCUACCCAGAGACAGGGAGGAACCUGGAAAAUCCUCACGUGAGGUGAAGCGCAGGCGAGUAGGGCCAGACAUGGUGGCUCAUGCCUGUAAUCUCAGCACUUUGGGAGACUGAGAUGAGAAGAUCACUUGAGGCCAGGAGUUCGAGACCAGACUGGCAACAUAGUGAGACCCUGUCUCUACAAAAUGCUGCCCAAGCCCCAUUGAUGAUGGCUGAGAGGGAAGAGGACGACGACACUGAGGAAGCCUGGAUGCAGCUACGGCCCACAGAACCCUUGCCCUCCCAGUGCUGCGGCAGUGGCUGCUCACCCUGUGUGUUUGACCUCUAUCACCGAGAUCUGGCAAGGUGGGAGGCAGCCCGAGCCAGCAAGGACAGGAGCCUGCUGCGUGGGCCAGAGUCACAGAGCUGCCCCUCCAAGCUGAACCCAGAGACCUUCGUGGCCUUCUGCAUCAGUGCCAUGGACAGGCUCACUAAGGACACCUACCGUGUCCGGUUUGCUCUACCCGGGAACAGCCAGCUUGGCCUGCGGCCCGGCCAGCACCUCAUCCUACGGUACACUCAGGCUGGUCUCAAACUCCUGACCUCAAGUGAUCAGCCCACCUCGGCCUCCCAAAGUGUGGGGAUUACAGACAUGAGCCACCGUGCCCAGCCUUAUAAGGGUUUGCUGAAUGACUGGCUGACUGACUGCACGCUUCUGUUUCUCAGAGGGAUAGUAGAUGACUUAGAAAUUCAGAGAGCCUAUACGCCCAUCAGCCCUGCCAACGCAGAAGGAUACUUUGAAGUGUUAAUUAAGUGCUACCAGAUGGGGCUGAUGUCCCGGUAUGUUGAGUCCUGGAGAGUAGGAGACACAGCUUUCUGGCGAGGACCUUUCGGAGAUUUCUUCUAUAAACCAAACCAGUAUGGUGAGCUCCUCUUGCUGGCUGCGGGCACGGGCCUGGCCCCCAUGGUGCCUAUCCUGCAGAGCAUCACAGACAAUGAGAAUGACGAGACUUUUGUCACUCUGGUUGGUUGCUUCAAGACCUUUGAGAGCAUCUACCUGAAAACCUUCCUCCAAGAGCAGGCCCGUUUCUGGAAUGUCCGUACCUUCUUUGUACUCAGCCAGGAGAGCUCCUCAGAGCAGCUUCCCUGGAGUUACCAAGAGAAAACCCACUUUGGCCACCUGGGCCAGGACCUAAUUAAAGAGCUGGUCAGCUGCUGUCGGAGAAAGCCAUUCGCACUGGUCUGUGGCUCGGCUGAGUUCACCAAAGACAUAGCCAGGUGCUUACUGUGCGCAGGCCUCACUGAGGACUCCUAUUUCCUCUUCUAGCCCUGGCCUCUCUUCCAAAGCCUAGGCCAUGAGCCUGCUACUGGGACCCAGGAAGGAGCACAGACUGGAAUCAGAAGACACGGAGUCCAGGCCUGGUCCUGCUGCUCAUUUGCCAGGUGACCUUGGGCAAGCGUCUUUACUGCUCAGAACCUCUACUUCUCAUCUGCCCCAUGAGGUUAAUCACUCCUCCUGGCCUCCUACUAUGUAGAAGGAGGACGGGCUGUAGGGGCCCUGAGGAGGUGAGCAACCAGCCUGGGAGUCAGGGAGGACUCUUCAGAGGAAGCCAAGUCCAGGCUGAGCCCCAGGAGGAGUAGGAGUUGGGCAGGGGAAGAGUCGGGAGGAGCUUCCCUGGCCCCUCUGAUUAGAGGAUCUAAUGGGGGCUCCAACUGUGGCCUCAGCACCAUCUCAGAUUAGGGGCUCCUGAGUGUGUAGGGAAGGACGCGGGAGAGGCUUAGAGCUCUUUGGAGGAGGAUUCUGCCUUUCCUCCAGUGCCAUGAGCCUGACACAUGAAGGUCUUGGGUUCUAUGACUUGACCACGUCCUGAGAGCAAGGUGGGGCCCUCGACUGUCUUUGUAUUGGCCCCAAGCCUUUCUUGCUGUGAACAGCUUCAUUCUCAGUCCCCUUUCCUGGCUCAAAAAUCGAGCCUAGCAAAAGAAGAGGCACGGGAAGGAAACGCCCCUCCCUCCUCCUGCAGGCAGCCACUCAGCCUGUGCCUUCAGCUCGGUGCCCUGGUGAUGGUUGCUAUGGAGAUCUAAAGAUAGAGCAGGAGUCAGGAGACCUGGGUCCCUCUCCCAGCUUGUCCCACUGAGCGGCUGCCGAUCCCGGUCCAUCCACCCCAGGAACCCGGCACCCCCAUCCCGGGAACCCAGUGCCCCUGGGCAGCGCACUGCAGUUAAUGAAUUCUGCCUUCCACAGCCUGGGCUCUAGCGUGCUGCACCAGCUUGGGCUAGCUACAGGCAGUCCCAGAAUUGGAAUAUUAAGCCAUGGAAUCUUAGAGUUAGACUUUUAUAGUCAUAGAAAGGUACUCUUCACCAUAUCAAAGCUGAAAGUUCAGGACUCUAAGAAACAUACAGUGUGACAGACUUAUCAUAUACACGGGAAACUGAAGCCCAGUGAGACUAAAUGACUUGCCCAGGGUAAAACAGUCCAUGGCAGAGCCAGCACUAGAAGCCUCCUAGCUUCAACCUCAUGUGCCAAUUCUGCACCAGUGAUUUUCAAACUGCACUCCACGGGAAGCAAGGGUUCUUUGUAUAGCAGCAGUGAAAGGACAGCUCCAGAUGGAUCCCCAGUCCCCCCUUCAACCAGAGCAGUUGCAUUUUUAUCCCAUUCAUAUAUUGGAGUUUUGAAUUAUUUUUAUUUGUACAAAAGGAUUUUCCUAGCCACUCAAAAAAAUGGCAACAAAUCUCUCUGCUGUGUCACAUUUAAUAAAUAAUUGUGACACAUAGCUGGGGGGUGGUGCUGGAGGUUUCAGACCGCCUCACAGGCAGAGUUCCAGGGUCAGAGAGCAUGGAGUACUGUGUGUGACCUUCUUCCAGAAGCACGGGCACAGGAGCAUGUUAAAGGCCCUGAAAAGACCAGUGGCAAAGAAACUCCUUUCAUUUUGUUUAAUCCAGAGUUUUUCAAGCUUAUUUAACUAUAGAACGCUUUUCUGUGGGUUUCGUAGCCUCUUUCUAGCACAGUAUAAUGAGUGGGAAAGGCCCUGACUGAGAGUCAAAGAUUCUGAGCAGGAACCAUGAUCUCUUCCUGCCUGGUAUGUGACUUGAGCAAGACACUUUUCCUCUCCCCAGGCCUCUGAGGUCUGCGAGUUUUCCUCCACCCUUUCCUCUCCCUCAGUUUGCACAUCCUAUUGACUCAGCUCCAAAUAGCGGGGGCCUGUCAGGAGCCUGACUCUGUUCAGACACCAGGGAAACAACAGCACACCAGGCAGAUGCAGUUAUGUCCAUCGGGGAACUUACAGCCUAGCAAGGAAGGCAGCAAUUCAACCUGUAAGUCUAAAAGUGAUGGGUGUCAUGAAAAGGUAAGUGCAGGGUGCUGGGAGAGUGGUUGGCAGGGGCUUUAGCCUAGUCUAGGGAGAGCCCAGGGGCACACCACUGCCAGCGGGGGUAGAGGCUUCAAAAGCUUUGAAGUCACUCAUAUUAAGAGUGUUGCCGGACACGGUGGCUCAUGCCUGUAAUCCCAGCACUUUGGGAGGCUGCGGCAGGCAGAUUGCCUGAGCCCAGAAGUUCGAGGCCAGCCUGGCCAACAUGACAAAACCCUGUCUCUAAAAAAAAAAAAAAUGAUUAACCUGGUGUGGUGGUAUGCGCCUGUAGUCCCAGCUACUUUGGAGGCUGAGGUGGGAGUAUUGCUUGAGCCAAGGAGGUCGAGGCUACAAUGAGCUGUGAUUGAGCCACUGCACUCCAAUCUGUGUGACAGAGCAAGACCCUGUCUCAAAAUAAUAAUAAUAAAAUCAAAAAGAGUGUUAAGGGGGUCUCCACUUAAGGAGUAGAGAGUCCGGGGCAGUUCUCGUAUCUCUGUCCUUGUCUCAUUUUAGAUGUAUGAUGUUUAGAUAUUAUACAAGGCCACCCAGUGGUAACCAACCUAGAAUGUGUUGGCCUCCUCUUCCCCUCAGUCCGUGUAGGUUCUGUGCAGCCUGGCUGCUGGUGGCAUCUCUUAUCAUGGGACAUUGGUGGGGACCCAGCCGUGCCCUUGGUGCCAAGAAGCCUAAAGGGCUCCUGCCGCCUGGAAACUUGAGAGUGCAGGGCCGGGUGCUGUGCCCCACAAGGUGCUGAGCAAGCCCAAGAAGAAGAGUGUGGGGUGUGGUGUGUGAGUUCAGACCUCUUGGAGCUGUGGGGGCAUGGUUCCCAUCAGCUGCUGUUCCUCUGAUGAUGCCCACUGCGUGUUGUGGGAGGCGUGGCCACCGUGUGAUGUUGCAGUAGGAGAAGGGAGACUUAGGAGCUAGACAUGAUACGCAGGCAUCAAGAGGUCAACCAGGUGUCCACAAUCUGUGAGCCACACAGAGCUCUCUUUGUGCAUGUGCAUCCCGAGCUUCAGGAAGGCAACAGCUACUAGAGGGCCUGAGGACAGAUUCUUGGUCGCAGAAGCGGCAUUGGCUUUAGUUCAGCCCUCACCAUGUUUACCGGCGUCACUUCUGUGUUCCCCUCAUGGGUCUCCCAGCUCCCAGUCUCCAUGCCACCUCCACACUGAGACCAGACCAGUUUUCCCCACACACAAAUCCAAGCCUGUCACUCCCCUGCUUGAAAUCCUUCCCUGUCUCCCUGUGGCCUUGGGGUAGGGCCUCUCUGCUCUGCCACCUCUCCAGACUUUUUCUAUGCCACCGCCCACUCACACCCACCUCUCAGGCUCCAAACAUGUUCUCUUGCGUCAGCUCAUCCCUUACACUCGCUGCUUCCUCUGCCUGGCCAGCCUCCCACCUUCCGAUCUCCCACUCACCUUUUUUGCCUCCUCAUCUUUUGAGGUCUCAGCUCAGUGUCACUUCCUCCCGGGAGCCUCGCCUGUCUCUUCCACUCCAGCUUGGUCAGUGAGCAGAGAGGCUUGUGUGCUUUUCUGUCACUGUACCCAUCAGUCUCAUCUGCAUGUGAGCAUGAGGGCCGGCCCAUUGUACCCCUAACAGGGGAGGAUGCUCAGCACUUCCUGGAUGUCGAAUACCUGAGCGAUAAACAACUAAUGUUCAGGAAGUGCUUUCCAGGUGGCAAAAGGUGUUUCCUCUACUUUGAAGCAAGAAUCUUCACCAAUAUACAUGCUAUUUUAUUACCCCAAUUUACUGAUGAGGAAACUAAGCUUCUGAGACUUCAAGCGAUUUUCCAAGGUCAUGUAGGGAUACACAAGUUCCAGCAUGUUGUGAUUGUGGUAAAGGUUGUGUGUGACACAUGAGUGCAACCAGAGAUGUGUAUAAAGAUUGUUACUGGGCCGGGCGCGGUGGCUCACACCUGUAAUCCCAGCACUUUGGGAGGCCGAGGCAAGUGGAUCACGAGGUCAGGAGAUUGAGACCAUCCUGGCUAACAUGGUGAAACCCCGUCUGUACUAAAAAUACAAAAAAUUAGCCGGGCGUGGCAUGCGCCUAUAGUCCCAGCUACUCAGGAGGCUGAGGCAGGAGAAUGGUGUGAACCCGGGAGGCGGAGCUUGCAGGGAGCCAAGAUUGUGCCACUGCGCUCCAGCCUGGGAGACAGAGCGAGACUCCAUCUCAAAAAAAAAAAAAGGAUUGUUAUUGAUGACCAGGUGCGGUGGCUCAUGCCUGUAAUCCCAACACUUUGGGAGGCUGAGGUGGGCAGAUCACCUGAGGUCAGGAGUUUGAGACCAUGCUGGCCAACAUGGUGAAACCCUGUCUCUACUACAGAUACAAAAAUUAGCUGGGCAUAGUGGUGCGCACCUGUAAUCCCAGCCACUUGGGAGGCUGAGGCAGGAGAAUUGCUUAAACCCAGGAGGCGGAGGUUGCAGUGAGCCCAGAUGGCACCACUGCACUCCACCCUGGGUGACAGAGCGAGACUCAGUCUCAAAAAAAAAAGAAGAUUUUUAUUGCUGCAUUCUCUGAAAUAGCAAGGAAUAAAAACUGCCUGCAGAUACAGCAAUUAAAGUGAACUCCAUCCACAUGUACCAAUAUAGACGAAGUCCUAAAAACAUAAUAACUGAGUGAAAUGUACAUUGUGAAACGAUAGCUACAGUGAGAUACCUGUACUUGGAAACUGUAAAAACCCAAAAUAAUGCUAAAUGCUCAGGAAGAGACAGAGACACACCAGCUUCAAGGAUAGUGGUGGCCUGUGGUGAUAGGUGGAAGGGAAUGGGAUGGGGUGAUGGGGUUUUUAGCCAUAUCUGUAUUUGUAUUUUACUAUAAAAAUACUUGACAUAAACAUGACAAAAUAUGAACACCUGGUAAAUCUGGGCAAUGAGUUCCCCCAACGUCUACUAUAUUAUUUUCUACCUUUUUCUGUUUUUCAAAUAGUACCAUAAUUAAAAUUUUUUUUUAAAAUCCAAUGUGCUUGUUCAAUGCUCUCUAGAAACUAGGGGCUUAGAAACAUUCACUUUCUCUCUCCUAUCUCAGAAUGGACUAUGCCUCUUUAUCCCCCCACACAUUUUAGCCAUUCACUGAAGAUCAUUUCUGAGCAUGAACUGUGUUCCAGGCCCCAUUCUAGGUGCAGGAGACACAGCAGUAAAUCAUAUAAAUCAUUCCUGGUAUUCAUAGCUGAUGGGCUGUUCCCUCUACUUGUCCCUCUUCCUCAUAAACUCAAACCAGAAUGACUUGCCAAGCACCACACUGUUGGCCUAUUUUUUUCUUUCUUUUUUUGUCGUUUUGUUUUCCUUUGUCAAUGAAGCAGACCUAGGUUUGAGUCUCUUACUGAUCCUGUGACCUAUGGCAAGUAACUUGGGCUCUGUGAACCUCAGUUUGCUCAUCUAUAAAAUGGGAAUGGUAGCACUGUCUCCUGGGGUUGUGUGAGGAUGAGGGAAACGUGUAAACCCCAAACACAGCACCUGGCACGGAGUGGGUGUGAGACCCCGUUCCCCCUUCUUUCUCCCUCCCCAACAGUGCCCUGACUCAUGGUUGACCUCUGAGGACAGCAUUUAUUUCCAGACUUUCACUAUCAAGAACUCUCCUUUUUAUUAUUUUUCCCAUGCUUUGGGAGAUUUUGAUCCCAAAUUGCAUGUUUUAAGUCAUUAUUAAUUUAUCUCCCAUUUUUUAUUAAUCAAAGACACAGAUAGCUGCCCCUCAGAGCUUCUGAUCUGUACAUCCAGCUGGGAGCUGCAGUGGUUGACAUAAUUCCAGCCAGAGGCGAAGGAGCUCAGCAGUGUGUGUGGCCCGGGUGGCCCAAGGAGGGGAAACGUAGGUGCAUCUUACUCUGUUUCUUUUUUUUAAUGGACCAUGAGUCAUGGAAGCUGCUGGGGUUGCCCAGGUAGGUGCUGCUUUCACAGGGGAUCACUGACUGAUGGGCUGGAGGCUGAGGUUUGGGUGCCAGGGCCUAAUGUGGGGCCCCACGUGGGCCUCAUCCUGCAGGGCUCACUCCAAACAGAUGUCAUGCACCAGUGCCACGCAGAAGAGCGUGGGUUCACGUAGUGGGAGGUGGGAAAGCUGUCUGCAUGCAGGUCCCACAGGCUCUGGCUGGAGACCACCACAUCGUCCUGCCCCUGGCUCCCAAUGCUAACAGAGCAGACUAACUUGUAGUGGGGCAAGGUGACACCCUUCACCUGGUCCCAGCACUCAAAAUCAUGGCCAGGUGGGCACACUGGGCCGGCUGGUGGGCCUCACCAGCCAGCUUAGAAGGCAGGUGAGCCAUAUCAGCUCCUCUGCCCAGAUGCAGGGGAACUUCACCUCCAGCCUGGCAGACCCCAAGGGAACCUGGAAGGAGAGGGAGGUGGUGGUGGUGGAGGAGGAGGGGUGUAUUUGCAACAAGCAGAGCAUUUGGCACAUUAGGCUUGAAGCCUAAUGUGUUGAACACAGAACCCUGAGUUGGAACAUAUGAUUUGGAACAAUGGGAGGGAAAAUGGGAUGUAGGCCCUGGAACACAAGAAAACAACUUUAUAAACUGUAGAGUGUGUGUAUAUGACAGAGAUUAACCUAGCUUCCAAGUGGCUGAGGCUACAGACCCAUGAGGCUACAGGCUGAGGCCCAUGGCCCUCAGUCCCCUCCCUCUUGCUGCAUCCCCAGGCCACAGGCCCAUACUUGCUCCUGGAAGAUGCUGAUGAGCCACCGGUGACUCAGCUAGAGCUGCAACCGUGUUCUCAAAGCUGUCUGUUUCUAUAAAAAUGAAAAUGAGUAUCAAGGUAGACAGCAUUUGCUAAGUGUCUACUGGGUACCAGGCUGUAAAAUGUUACUGUUUUAGGCUGGGUUUGCCCCAAAGCUGACGCUGAACAAGGAUGUGGGUGCAAGAAGUUUAUGUGGAGGUGCUUCAGGGAAGCAUGGUGAGGAAGUCAUGGGGAAAGACAAUGAAGGGCAUGUGGAUGGACAGGCUACUCCUGGUGGCACCCGGAGCUCUUUCUGCUGGGGCCUUGCCAAGAGACUGUGGAACAUGCCUCAGUGAUCCCACCGAGGGGUGGAGAAGCUGGGGCAUUUAUGCACCGACAACCAGACUCCUUAUUGGCCGAGAACAUGAACUCCUGGCACUUCAGCUUCCUCUGGGUGGGCCAAGUGUUUGGCAGCCAGAGAAGCCCCCAGGCAGAGACACACAGGAAGCCAUCAGUGCACAUAGAAAAGUUCCCGCAGUUACCUCCAGUUGGGCGGGGGAUAUGGAUAGCACAUCAACAGUGUCUGCUAUGUCACUUUGCUUAAUUCUCACAAUCUUUAGGGAUCAGCAGCUUCUUUAUUUUAUAGGCAAAGAAAUUGAUAAGCAAGAGGUAAAGGAGCUAGUGGAGAAAGUGGUGUUCUUGUAUGAGGGCAGGGCUCGAUACUGUAUCCCCUCCCCACCCCAUGACCCCAUCUAGUGUGAUGUCUGGCUGGCCACUGUGUGGAGGCAGUGUCUGUUGAAGGAAGGGGUGAGCUGGUGGAAGCUGUGUGACCGUGAGUUGGUGACCACUCUUCUGUCAGAUGAAGAUGCUGGUUCUUUCCUCCGGGGGCUGCUUUGCGGAGUAGAGGAGAUUGUGUGAACCAAGUGGUCAGCUCAGUGCCUGGCCCACAGGGGAGUGUCAGUGAAUGUUAAUUCCCUUCUCCUGCUUCCCUCUAAGGGGAUGAUAUGGUUUGGCUGUGUCCCCUUUCAAAUCUUAACUUGAAUUGCAUCUCCCAGAAUUCCCAUGUGUUGUGGGAGGAACCCAGGGGGAGGUAAUUGAAUCAUGGGGGCCAGUCUUUCCCAUGCUGUUCUCAUGGUAGAUAAUAACUCUCACAAGAUCUGAUGGUUUUAUCAGGGAUUUCCACUUUUGCGUCUUCCUCAUUUUCUCUUGCCACCACUAUGUAAGAAGUACCUUUCGCCUCCCGCCAUGAUUCUGAGGCCUCCCCAGCCAUGUGGGACUGUAAGUCCAAUUAAACCUUUUCUUCCCAGUCUCAGGUAUGUCUUUAUCAGCAGCGUGAAAAUGGACUAAUACAGUAAAAUGGUACCAAUAGAGGGGAGCGUUGCUGAAAAGAUACCCGAAAAUGCGGAAGUGACUUUGGAACUGGGUAACAGGCAGAGGCUGGAACAGUUUGGAGGCCUCAGAAGAAGACAGGAAAAUGUGGGAAAGUUUGGAACUUCCUAGAGAUUUGUUGAAUGGCUUUGCCCAAAAUGCUGAUAGCGAUAUGAACAAUAAGGUCCAGGCUGAGGUGGUCUCAGAUGGAGAUGAGGAACUUGUUGGGAACUGGAGCAAAGGUGACUCUUGUUAUGUUUUAGCAGAGAGACUGGCGGCAUUUUGCCCCUGCCCUAGAGAUUUGUGGAACUUUGAACUUGAGUGAGAUGAUUUAGGGUAUCUGGUGGAAGAAAUUUCUAAGCAGAAAAGCUUUCAACAGGUGACUUGGGUACUGUUAAAAGCAUCCCAUUUUAAAAGGGAAACAGAGCAGAAAAGUUUGGAAAAUUUGCACCUUGAUGAUGCAGUAGAAAAAAAAAAAAAUUUUUUUUUUGAAAUGGAGUCUUGCUCUGUUGCCCAGGCUGGAGUGCAGUGGCACAAUCUAGGCUCACUGCAACCUCCACCUCUUGGGUUCAAGCGAUUCUCCUGCCUCACAAUUUUUUGUAUUUUUAGUAGAGACGGGGUUUCACCAUGUUAACCAGGAUGGUCUCGAUCUCCUGACCUCGUGAUCCACCUUCCUUGGCCUCCCAAAGUGCUGGGAUUACAGGCGUCAGCCACCACUUCCGGCCAAAAAACCAUUUUUUUAGGAGAAAUUCAAGCCAUGGAAAUUUGCAUAAGUAGCAAGGAGCCUAAUGUUAAUCCCCAAGACCUUGGGGAAAAUGUCUCCAGGCCAUGUCAGAGAACUUCACGGCAGCCUCUCCCAUCACAGGACCAGAAGCCCAGGAGGAAAAAGUGGUUUCAUGGGCCGGGCCCAGGGUCCUCGUGCUGUGUGCAAUCUAGAGACGUGGUGCCCUACCCAACUGCUCCAGCCAUGGCUGAAAGGGGCCAACGGACAGCUUGGGCUGUGGUUUCAGAGAAUGGAAGCCCCAAGCCUUGGCAGCUUCCAUGUGGUGUUGAGCCUGUGGGUGCACAGAAGUCACGAAUUGAGGUUUGGGAACCUCCGCCUAGAUUUCAGAGGAUAUAUGGAAACGCCUGGAUGCGCAAGCAAAAGUUUGCUGCCGGGGUGGGGCCCUCGUGGAGAACCUCUGCUAGGGCAGUGUGGAAGGGAAAUGUGGAGUUGGAGCCCCCACCGAGUCCCUACUGGGGUACCGCCUAGUGGAACUGUGAGAAGAGAAGAGCUACCGCCAUCCUCCGGACCCAGAAUGGUAGAUCCACCGACAGCUUGCACCGUGUACCUGGACAAGCUGCAGAUACGACAACACACAAUGCCAGCUCUUGAAAGCAGCCGGGAAGGAGGCUGUACCCUGCAAAGCCACAGGGGCGGAGCUGCCCCAGACCAUUGUAACCCACCUCUUGCAUCAGUGUGACCUGGAUGUGAGACCUAGAGUCAAAGGAGAUUAUUUUGGAGCUUUAAAAUGUGUCUGCCCUGCUGGGUUUCAGACUUCCAUGGGCCCUGUAAUGCCCUUUUUUUUUUUUUUUUUUGGCAUUUUCUCCCAUUUGGAACACCUGUAUUUACCCAAUGCCUGUACCCCUGUUGUAUCUAGGAAGUAACUAGCUUGCUUUUGAUUUUACAGGCUCAUAGGCAGAAGGGACUUGCCUUGUCUUAGAUGAGACUUUGGACUGUGGACUUUUGGGUUAAUGCUGAAAUGAGUUAAGACUUUGAGGGACUAUUGGGAAGGCAUGAUUGGUUUUGAAGUGUGAGGACAUGAGAUUUGGAGGCCAGGGGCAGAAUGAUAUGGUUUGGCUGUGUCCCAUUCAAAUUUCAACUUGAAUUAUAUCUCCCAGAAUUCUCACGUGUUGUGGGAGGGACUCAGGGGGAGGUAAUUGAAUCAUGGGGGCCGUUCUUUCAAACCCUGCUGUUCUCGUGAUAGUGAAUAAGUCUCACGAGAUCUGAUGGGUUUAUUAGGAGUUUCCACUUUUGCUUCUUCCUCAUUUCUUUUGCCAGUACCUUUUGCCUCCUGCCGUGAUUCUGAGGCCUCCCCAGCCAUGUGGAACUGUAAGUCCAAUUAAACCUCUUUUUUUGGCUGGACGCAUUGGCUCACGCCUGUAAUCCCAGCACUUUGGGAGGCCGAGGUGGGUGGAUCACCUGAGGUUAGGAGUUUGAGACCAGCCUGGCCAACGUGGCAAAAACCCAUCUCUACUAAAAAAAUACAAAAAUUAGCUGGCUUUGUGUAAUCCCAGCUACCCAGGAGGCUGAGGCAGGAGAAUCACUGGAACCCGGGAGGCAGAGGCUGCAGUGAGCCAAGAUCGUGCCACUGCACUCCAGCCUGGGCGACAGACCAAGACUCAGUCUCAUAAAUAAAUAAAUAACACCUCUUUUUCUUCCCA